GUUAGUAUCGUACCAUGUUGACGGGUUCUCCUUACUGAAAUACGUCAUCGCGGGUUGUGCACACGUUGGAUGUCCAGUAGAAGCGUCACUCUCAGUGGUGACCUUGACCGGUGACGUCACAGCAGAGGCGCGCACUGGAGAUAAGUAAUGUUUAAAUGAGACGUGAACGAAAGAGAGCGCGCAGAGUGAGCGCGCGCACGCAAGGACUAGUAGAGAUUGCUGUCAUCUGAUUGGAUGGGUCUUACACUGUGCCGUUGGCUGAGUGAUGGCCAUCAUAGAAAGAAAACAUCAUCAUCAUCAUCAUCAUCGUCCUUUCAUUCUUUUUCUGUAACUCCACCCAUUCGUCUAGCUGUACUUUUAGACACGCCCCCCGUUCCCCCCGGACACCCACGAUCACAAUGGAGCCAGACUCACCUAUCGCCUAAUCUAAAGACAUGUUCUUCGGGUGGAUGUGUGUCCCGUGACCGAGUGGAACAGAGCAGCGACGGAGUUCGUGCCGCAGUCGGUGUUGUGACGGGGCUACAUAUAUGGGAGGUGCUGUGGGAGACGCAACACAGGGGAAGCCACGCCCUCUUAGGUGUGUCCACACAAAAAUGUCCUCUGCAGACCUCUGGCUACACUGCGCUAAUAGGUGGCGACUCCUCUUCCUGGGGAUGGCAGCUCUCGACCAAUCGGCUUUGUCACGAUGGGAAAGAAGCGGGGCAGUACCCUAAGGGCGGAGCCACGGAAGUCUUACGUGUUCCGGAUCGCAUACUGCUGGUUGUGGAUGCAGACGCAGGGACCCUGGGAUACGUGGUGGAUAACUGCUUUUUGGGCAUCGCCUUCACGGACCUCCCUAAAGGGUCAGAGCUUUUCCCUGCGGUUAGCUGUGUUUGGGGAGGAGCCAAAAUCUGCUUACGCUACCUGUGCGGCAUGACGCAUGAUCCGCCCGCUCUUCAGACUCUGAGUCGUUUCUCUGUUCGUCAGCAUCUCAGGAUGAACAGGAUUCAUGUGGCAUUUCCACCUGCUGUACGACGCCUCCUAUUAAACACAACAGAUGAGACUCUAUGAGAAUGAUGUCAUGAAGAAAGAGAAUAUAGAUUGUUUUAAAACUAAUUUAACGCUUAUUUAAAUACAUGACACUUUGUUCGAUUUCUUAUGUAGAUUUAAAAUGUUUACCUCUUAAUAAACGGAUACAUUUUAAAACUACACACCCGCACAUCUAAAGGCUGUCUUUAGUCUGAUCAGGUCAAGAUAGUUGGGUGUCACAGGAAUCAACUGGAA